UUUGAACUCUCAGAAACAGAAGACAAACCGCACUACAACCGAAACAGGAUUCGAGGAUACGCAUAAGCGGAAUAAGACAACCGACUCGGUUACCGGAGUGCGGAAGUCGAAGUCGGACGACACUAACCCUCGAAAAGUCUCAUUUGGCCAACCAGCCAUGCAUGAUGACUUGAUGAAAACCCAUACAGAGCGUGCCACAAAGGAAUCUCGAUCAGUACCAGAACCAGACCUUACAGGACGAUUUAGUGUUAAGUCGGGUAUGAGCAUUCCUAGCGAGAUUUCGGAGAUGGAUAAGUUCCAUCGUCGCAACUCCGACAGUGCACGAUUCGAUAUCGAUAUAGAUCAUGAAGAUAAUAUGACCUCAGCUUUAUUUAUUGAUGAUAUCACACUCGGACAGAGGAAGAUGGCCGAGAAGCAGAAUGCGAAUACUGCCAAGAACGAGCUUUCCAAGGAUGCCAAGCGUGUUCUCGAUAACCUCUGUCACGAUCAUGACUGCGGUAACUGCAUUGUCUGUUCACGAAUCAAUUCUCGCGGUUCCGGUCAGAGGCCUAUCCGCGCAAAGAAGCCGAUUCCCGUCACAGACCGAGUUGCAGAUAAGCAAGAGUGCGAAGAUCAGUGCACAAUGCGCCCAUCGCAAGACCCGGCAAUGGCCUUAGCCAAGGUUAUAAGGUCUUUGGAGGACGAGGAACAACAUCUCAAAGAAGCUUUCCACAAGAGAGCUGUCGAAUUCGAUAAAUGCGACCCGUCGAUCAACCGUAAGACGUGGAAGCGAUUGGGUUUUGAGAUCGACAAGAUAAGAAAAGUAAGAGACCUGAAGAGAGAUCAGAUUUACUAUCUCUACGAUGCGCUCGAAGGGCAGAAGGCGAGCGGCCAGGAGAUGACGGCAGAGUUCGUCGAGUACACCAUACACGGUGCGAUGAGCAAGGAUCAUUCAUGGAACGGCGUCCUUGGUAUCUGAAGGAGGUGUGGCGAGCAUUCAGAGUUUGUCUUGGUUAAACCACCGAGGUGGUGGAUUAUUGGAAGGACUUGGGGGUCCUUGGUCAUUGGAGUUUGGUGGUUUGAUUAAAUUACGAGGCUCAUGCAUUGUUGUUAGGGUUACAAAAAGGAGUCUGCAUUAAAUGCAUUCAUUGUAUAAUUAGGAGCCUAUUGUAAAGGCCAUACCUAGGUUACGCGCAUCCAUGGAAUGGCGCCGCUACAUUGCAUAAUGGAAUAAAUUAUGAAAUUUUC